CCCAAGCUCCAACACCCAAAGCACGCCUCUUUCUUAUCAUCGCUCCCAGCUUAAGAAGAAACAAUAAAGAAAAAAGAUAUAUAUAUACAUAUACACCAGCCAUGAGACGACGGACUCACACUUCUUCCAACAACAAAAAGAACGAUCGUCCACUUGAUCCGAGACAAUCGGUAGGCGCUGCAUCACGGAAUACCAGAGAUUCCGAAACGCCUGAGGAUAUCUUGGCAGACAGCGGUCUGUACAGGACCGACGAUCGACCAUUUUGGAAACGCAAGCGAUUUCAUUUCAUCAUUGGUGUUUCUGUCGGUGCCUUGGCAGCGAUUGGUGCAGCGUCAACCACGCCAACGGCGCAAAACCAUUUUAAUGAACUGCAGACCUAUCUUGCCUUGCAGCUGGCAGAUAUUGACCUAACGGGUAUCAUGCCUGGCACAGACGUGGUGGAUGAACUGUUUGGCAACGUGACCGGAUUCUUCAAACCAUCACCGUCAAGUGAUAUACCAUUUAUGCCUGCGUUAUCUGUCAAAGACGAGCUUGGUUUAAAGCCACAUCACCCCGUUGUCCUUAUACCCGGGAUUAUCUCUUCAGGUCUCGAAAGUUGGGGCGUCUCGGAAAAAAGUCAAAAGUAUUUUAGAAAACGAAUGUGGGGCACAACCACCAUGUUUCGAUCCGUUCUUCUGGAUAAGGAACUUUGGACUGACCAUCUAAAACUAGAUGCGGUCACUGGACUUGACCCUGAACCGGGCAUCAAGAUACGGGCUGCUCAAGGUCUUGAUGCUGCCGAUUAUUUCGUCACGGGAUACUGGGUAUGGGCAAGAGUCAUUGAGAAUCUUGCUGCCAUCGGUUACGACAGCAACAACAUGCACUUGGCUAGCUACGAUUGGCGGCUAUCCUUUUCCAACCUCGAAGUUCGCGACAGAUAUUUCUCCAAACUCAAAUCAACUAUUGAGACUGCAAAUCGUAAUGAGGGUCGCAAAACUGUUAUCAUCACGCAUUCAAUGGGCUCGAUUGUAUUCCCGUACUUUCUUAAAUGGGUUGAAGACGAUGACCACGGUCAUGGCGGAUCAUCGUGGACCGAAGAUAAUAUAGAAACGUUUGUGAACAUUGGAGGUCCCUAUUUAGGAUGUCCAAAGGCACUUACAGCCAUGCUUUCAGGUGAGACGCGUGAUACGAUGGCAUUAGGCAGUUUUGGAGCAUAUCUGUUAGAGAAAUUCUUCUCGCGGCGAGAACGGGCCAGCUUGCUACGAACAUGGGCUGGCGCAUCGAGCAUGCUCCCGAAAGGCGGCGAACUUAUUUGGGGAACAAGCGACGUGGCACCAGACGACCCGGUGCUCGGAUUUCAGGGCGAUCACCUCUCCUAUGGAAACAUGAUUUCGUUUACUAAAUCGAAUGCCGAGUCAGCAGCAACUGUACUCAUUGAUGAUGGUAUCAAUGACGAUGUUGGUGAUGGUGGUGGUGACAGCAGUACCAGUGAUAGCAACGAGAACAACAACAACAGCAGCAGCAGCAGCAGCAGCAGUGACGCUAUUAAAGAAGAGGACGCUGAGGAUGACAGAAUCCGCAACCACACGGCUGAAUCGGUCAUACAGUUAUUACAUGAGAACAGUUCCAAGGAGUACCACGAUAUGCUGCGCAGCAAUUACUCUUUUGGUAUAUCGACAGACAAGAAACAGCUGAAAAAGAAUGCUCGAGAUGAAACAAAGUGGAGUAAUGUGCUUGAAACACAGCUUCCAAAUGCACCGAGCAUGAAGAUUUACUGUAUGUAUGGUGUUAACCUGCCGACCGAACGAAGUUAUUACUAUGCCAAAAACCAGGAUAAGCGGGAGCAGGUGUAUUGCGACGAGAGCAACAUGACGGACGCACGGUGUCAAGCACAGCAACGAGAACAAGAAGCACAGCAAGAACAUGAAGAAAGAGCCAAAGAGUUCCUGGGAUCAUUAUCGAGCACAAUAGACGAAGUGAUACGACCGCCAGAACUGUUCAUUAACCCAGAUGCCCAUGAUCCGAUAAAUGGCGUCGAGACGGGGGUGCGGUUUGCGGACGGUGACGGUACGAUUCCAGUUCUCUCGUUAGGAUACAUGUGUGAACCAAACAAUGGUGGAUGGACAAAGCACGGCGACCUCUACAACCCAGCACACAUCCCAGUGGUCCUUAGGGAGUACAAACAUGAGGAGAGCGAGAGCAAGCUGGAUGUGCGCGGUGGCAGAAAAGCAGGCGACCACGUUGACAUUCUUGGCAACUGGGAGAUGAUUGUAAGUUAUAUGAAAUGCAUAUGUGGGAUGAGGAUGCGACUCAAAUAUACACUGUCUGGAGAACAUUAACACUGGCACACUGUAUGUUUGUUAUGUAUUAGACGGACAUCCUGCAGAUUGUUUCUGGCAAAGGCAACAAUGUCACUCAGCGUAUAUUCUCUGACAUUGAACGAUACGCCGCCAACAUUGAUCUCAACUAGGGAAGAAAAAGGGGAUUAAGUAGUAGGUGUGCUUUGACAGCUGUCUGUUCUGUCACACACGCAUACACGCACAACGGGCUACUGCAAAAGAUUCGAGAGGAUCGACAUCCUUCUACACAUCACACUACGACUAUGCAUAACUAUUUAUAUGGAGGCAAGCAUGUUGCCGGCUUUGCAAAGAAAAGGGUAACAUUGUAAAGGGAUGGACAAAUUCCGUAUUCAUCCGUCGACAACUCUCCUCCACCCACAUAAUGACCAACAUACCAUGUACUGUAAUGCUAUACUCAGUAAAUAAAGAAUACGUAAUAAUAAUACAAAAGUGAGCUGACUUGACGAAGCAAGAAG